AUGGAAGAGUCUGAUUUAUUGGAGAAAGAUCUGAUCGACCGCGAUAAAUUUCGGGGCGGCGAUCGACCUCCAGAGGCUGUUGAUUCUGGAAAAGAUGCCGCGAACGGAAUAGCAACGAAUAACGAAGACAUUGCUAUGGCGGACGCUGACGGCGAAGGCCUUCUCGAGAACGGCGUUGCGGAUGCGACCGACGCGGAGCCGGUCGCUGGACCGACGACUGCGGAGGGAGGAAAAGACGAGGAAAUGCGAGACGCGGAAGCGGUGACAGGCGACGGCGACGCGAGCGACGGUCGCGCGAAUGACGUCGAGCGCGUCGACGCGGCCGCUGCGCCUGACGCAGCUGCUGCGACGCCCGCAGGUGCGGACGAAAAUGCGGGUGUCGACGCGGCGGGUGUUGAGGCUGGUGGAAAUAAGCAAGCUGAUGGCGUGGCUAACGGAGUUGACGGCGAGGGGGGAACGGAGGGCGCGGAGGAGCAAGAAGGGAAGAGUGGCGAGGCGAAGGAGCAGCGGGCUGAUGAGACGCGCGACGACGGUGGGUUGGAGGAAAAAGCGGUGAAGGCGGAAGAGAAAGCGGAAGCGAAACCGGAGGACCAAGCGGAAGAGAAAGCGGGAGAAAAAAUGGAGGAGGAAUCGGGGGAGGGGGCGGAAGGGAAAGCGGAGGGGAAAGCGGAGGAGGAAGCGGAGGAGGAAGCGGGGGAGAAAGCGGGGGAAAAAGCGGAGGCGGAAGAGAAAGAGGAGGGGAAAGCGGACGAGAGAACGGAAGAGAAGAUAGAAGAGAAAGCAGAAGAGGAAGCGAAAGCGGAAGGAGAGGCGGAAGGGGGUGCGGCGGAAGGAGUGGAGGCGGAAGGGAUGGAAGCGGCAGGCGGAGAAGUGGCAGCAGAAGGGGGAACGGCGUCCGCGACUGAUGCGGGUGAGAAGGCCCGCGACGAGGCGGAGAAGGGGAGCGCGGAGGAGGAGGAAGAGGGGAAGGACGAGGAGGAGGGGACUGAGGGGACCGAAGCGAAGGAGGGGGAGGCGGAGAAGGAAGAGGAGGAAGUGGAGGGGGAGGGGGAAAAGGAAGAGGAGGGGGAGGCGGAGAAGGAAGAGAAGGGAAAAGAGGGGAAAGCGGGGAAGGACGCGAAGGAGGGGAAGGGCGAAAAGGAAGAGGACGAGGAAAAGGGGCCGAAAGAGGGGAAGAAGAGCAAGGGGGGAAAGGAGGAGGUGCGGCGGAAGCAGCGGGAGGACAGGCCCGGGCAGGGCGCGGACGGCAGCGACCAGCGCAAGGCAGCAAAGAGCGCGUCCCCCCAUCUCCGCCCCCACGGCACGCCCGCCAAGGCCUCCGCCAAAGCCCCCCCUUCUCCCGCCACCCCCGCGGCUGGCAGGGCGCGCGCGGGGGAGGAGGAGAGCGGGGGGAGCGAGGACGAGGGGGAGUGGGCGCCAGUGGUGCACGAGCUGGUGUGGGCCAAGGUGCGCUCGCACCCCUGGUGGCCUGCGCGCGUUCUCUCCCCCUCCGAGGCCACCCCGCGCGCGCGCGCGCAGCACCGCUCGGGGCACCUGCUCAUCGGCUUCUACGGCGACCAGACCUUCAACUGGUUGCGCCCCAUGGAUCUGCUGCCAUUCGCGGAGCACUACUGGGACAAGUCGCAGCAGACGCCCAUGAAGCUCUUCUGCCAGGCCGUGGCGGAGGCCCUCGUGGAGCUGGACGACCAGGUCGCCAAGGGGCUGCUGCACGGCGCCCCGCCCUCCACCCUUGCUGCACAGCACCGCCGCGUCAACCCCACCGUCAUGCUAUCCUACCUGCGAGCCACGGCCCGCAAUCCCAUCGGCGGGCACCGCGAUGCACUGCUGGCGGCAGUGCUGCGGCAGCGGUUCAUGGAAGGGGGCGGGGAGAAGGCGCAGGUGGGGCGCGGGGAGCAGGGCGCGCGCAGGCCCGACCUGGGGGAGCUGUUUCUGGUGGAGGGGCGGCUGGUGGUGCCCGAUGGGGAGGGGGGCGCGGGCGCUGGGGCGGAGGGGAAGAAGAAGGGCGGAGAGAAAGGGGGGAAGCGGAGGGCUCAUGUGGAGGAGGAAGAGGAGGAGGAGAAAGAGGAGGAGCACGAGGAGGAGAAGGUAGAGGAAGAGGAGGAGGAAGAGGAGGUGGUGGUGGUGAAAGAGAAGAAGAAGCGAGGGCGGAAGUGGGAGGAGGAUGAUGAGGAAGUUGAAAUGGGUGAGGAGGAAGAGGAGGAGGACGAGGAAGAGGGGAGGAGGAAGAAGGGGCGAAAGGGCAAGCAGAGGGAGAAGGGCGGAAAGAGGCGUGGGAGGAAGAGAAAGCACGAGGAGGACGAGGAGGAAGAGGAGCAAGAGGAGGAGGAGAAGGAGGAGGAGCAAGAGGAGGAGGCGGGGGAGGAAGAGGGUCUGAAGCGGAGGAAGAAGAAGAUGAGAAGGCGCAAGUCGGAGGGGGGAGCUGGCGAGGAGAGGGAGGGGGAGGAGGGGAAGCGGCGGAGGAGGAAGAAGCGCGUGGUGGACGAGGAGGAGGGCGCGGAGGGGGCUGCAGGGGAGGAGGGAGCCGCGGACGAGGGAGCAGGGGGGGAGGAGGAGAGGGUGGGGGCAGGAGUGGCGGCAGGGAAGAAAGAGGGGGAGGGAGAGGCGAAGGAGGGGGCGGAAGGGGCGGAGGAGCAGGGGAAUGAGGGCAAGUCCCCGGUGCACUCGCCGCUGCACUCACCCGUGCAGUCGCCUGGGGGGGCGGGGGCGGGGGCGGGGGCGGGGGCGGGUGGUGGGGCAGGGGGGCGUGGCAAGGGGCGGCCGAGCAAUGCGCACAAGUGGGCGGUGGAGAUGCAGCGGCUGGGCAUCAAGGCCGCCGCUGAAACCGCACGUGACGACCUGCUGCGCCUUGCUAGGAGCCCCCUGGACCUGGCGGAUCUGAGCGAGACACUGAAGCCCGUGGCAGCAUGGCGCCAGCACACCUUCUGGUUCGCCCGCUCGCACAAACCAGCACCGGCUGCAGCUGCUGCUGCUGCCAGCAAGGGUCCGUGUUUCCUUUCUCCUCUACCCCCUUCCUCUUUCGUUGGUCGCUCGCUCCCUCCACCCACCACCCCGUUGCUCAUGACUGUGCGCUCCUCUCCUUACCUUGCGGUCAAUGCUAUGCUUCUGUUCUGCGCGCCCUCUGUCCGCCCGGCAGGCGAGGCAAAGAAGGCCCCGGCAGGCAAGGCAGGCCCGGAGGCGGCGGGUGAAAAGAGUGCAGCGGUGGAAGAGGCGCAGAGAGAGGUGGGCGCGGAGGGAGGCGCGAGGGUGGAGGCAGAAGGGAAGGCUGCGGAGGAGAAGACGCCUGGCGAGGGUGCUGUGGGUGGCGCUGGGGGCGAGGAGGAGGAGAAGGGGAAGGAGGAGGAAAAGGCGAAGGAAGAGGUGGCUGGUGGUGAAGGUGCUGCUCCGAUGGUGGAGGGAGGGCAGGCGGAGGCAGGCAAAGAGGAGAAGGAUGCGGGUGAGGAGGAGGAGAAGGUUGGAAAGGAAGGGGUAAGUGGGGAGAAGGAGCGUGAGGGUGAAGGGGCGAAGGAGGAGGAGAUGAGUGAGAGGGAGAAGAAGCAAGGCGAGCAGGUGAGGGAGAAGGGGGUGGAGGAGAAGGAAAAGGAGGAGGAGGGAGAGGGAGUGAUAACAGGCGAGGUGGAGGAGGAGGACAGGUGGGAGGAGGAGGCGGAGGAGGAAGAGCCGGUGCCGCGCCCACCCCCACCAGCGGCACCACCACGCAAGGCAGCUGCAGCAGCAGGGGCAGCAGGGGAGGAGGGGGCGGGAGGGGCGGUGCGGCCUCGGGGGCGGACCAAGGCGGAGGUGAAGGCGCGGCGGCAGCAGCGGCUGGUGGACGCCCGCCCUGGCAGUGAGAGCGAGGGGGGCGAGGGCGACGAGGACGAGGACGGGCGCAGCGAUGAGGAGAGGCCUGUGGCAGCGCGGGGCAGGGGGCGUGGCCGUGGGCGCGGGCGGGGGUCGAGAGGAGGGAGGGGCGGGCGGGGCAGAGGAGAGGCAGGAGGGGAGGCAGGGGGGAGAGAGGGGUUGAGUUCAACUGGGAGGGGGAGGGGGAGGGGGAGGGGAAGGGGGAGAGGCAGGGGCAGGGGCAGGGGGCGAGGAGGCGAGGGAGGAGGGGCGGAGGGCGGAGUGGCGGAGGGGGGUGAGUGGGAGGAGGGGAGGCAGCGUGACGUGGGGGAGGCGGGGCAGGAGAGGGCGUUGCGGCAGCGCAAGGUGGGGGUGCCGGCGCGUGUGGAGGGGGACGCUCUGAGCCCAGAGGGCCGGCGGCGGUCGCUGCAGCAGCUGGCCGCUGCUAAGAGGGAGGCACGCGGCGGGGCAGGCGCUGAUGAAUCGCCCCCCCAUGCGCUUGCGCUGACAACACAAGAUGCCACGUCAGUCCCACCAGGAUGGCAGCAGGUGCGUGUUGUGCUCUUGGCGCAGCUGCGCGCCACCUUCGCGCGCUUCGGAGCGCUGCUGGGCGCCAAGCUCAUCAAAUACCAGGGCGUCGCUGAGGUGCCUCAAACGCCAUCUUCCCAACCCUCCCCCUCCCCUCCACCCGCCAUGCGGCAGGUGGUAUUCGAGGACCCGUCGUCAGCCACAGCAGCCAUGCCCCCCUCCCCUCUCCCCUGCCCGUCCCCCAUCCCCUCUCCCCUCUCCCCCAAGGUGGAAAAAAACGAUUGUGGUAUUCGAGGACCCGUCGUCAGCGACAACAGCGAUGCACGAGGCCAUGCACGGCUCCUCGCUCUUCGGCUCCUGGGACGUGCAGUUCCGCCUGCGCCCCUACACCGCCUCCGUCGGUGCCCCCCCCCGUUGCUUACUCUCGCUCUUCCUUUCCUCCGCUCCCCUCUCGUCUCCGCUCAACGCUGUGCCAUGCUGCUGGCGUGCCAUUCCCUCUUCCAAUGUUUUUUUCUCAGUGGUCGUCCUUGUCGCUGCUCUCUGCAUUUCGCCCUCUGCCUCUCCACAUGCACCUUCCCUCGCUCUCCCCCUUUCAACCACCUCGUCACCUCUCCUCUUCACCUUCGUCUCCUCUCUCAUCUCUCUUCUCGCCCCCUGCUCCCCUCCCCUGCCCCCUCUUCUCCCGCUCCCCUUCUCUCCUGCCACCAGAUUGACUCUGCAGUCCCCAUCAGGCCCACAUAUCCCUCCGCCCACACCCCCCCACCCUCCGCCCACGGCCCCCCUCCCUCCGCCCGCACCCCCCCUGCGCGCCUUCCCCCCGCGGCCUCCCCCGCCCCCACUCCCCCGCGCGCCCUCGCCCCUCCCCCGGCCGGUGCUGCCCUCGUGCCCGCCGCCGCUGCUGGCCGCCUCACACCCUCACAGCGCCACAGCCUGGUGCGUGCCAAUGCCAAUGCCAAUGCCAAUGCGUGCUGCCAAUGCGUGCUGUCGCUUCCAUCACCGUCUAAUUGCCGUCACCCGGGCACACCCGUGUCUGUUGCUAUCCUUCAGAUAUAUUUCUUUACUCCUUUUCUCUCUCUCCUCGCGCCCCACCCGUUGCCUCUCACCGGACUUUCCCCCUCGUCUCCCUCCUGCCAGCAACUAAUUCAUUCCACCCUCUGCUUCCCACCUCCACCUCUGCCUCGCCCCUCUCUGCACUUCUCCUCUCCUCCUUAUCUUCUCCCCACUCGCAUCUUUCCCCCCGCCCUCUCCGUCCCCUCCCCCCAGGCGAAUCCAGCGCAGGCGGCGCAGAGGCCGGGCAGUGCGGCCUGGAUGGGCACGCCCACCACGCUGGGCCCGUCCACGCGCUCGCUGCUGCCGCGCUCCGCCCUCGCGCUCUCCAAGGACCCCCGCCGACAGUCCCAUGCCCCCGCCGCCGCCGCCACUUCUCCUGGCGCUGCUGCUGGCGGGGGGGGAAUGGCGGGACAGCAAGGCAGGGAGGGGUUGCCUCCUGGGUUUGCAGCAGGGGCAGGGGGAGGGGGGGAUGGAGGAGGAGCGGAUGGGGGAGCAGGAGGUGGCGAUUGGUGGGACGCACAGGACGCCCUCCCCACACCCCCUGUGGAGCCAUCUGCACCCCCUCCCGCUCACACCCCUGCUGCACCACCCUCCCUCCCUUCUACCCCUGCCCCGCUGCCCACCGCCUUCUCUGCCCCUGCUGCUGCCACUGACGGCGCUGCUGCUGCCAUGGUUGCUGCUGGAGGAGCCGGGGCUGGGGAAGGGAGUGGUGGGGUGGGAGGGGCGGGGGCGGUGCCGGACAUAAAGCAGAGCAUGUUCAGCCUGCUGAGCAAGGUGCAGGCCAUCGUGUCGCAGCCCGAGGGGGAGGGGCGUGCAGCACAGGGGGCUGACAGCACCGCGUGA